UGUCGUGGAACUGUCCUGCCCACACCCUGGAAGCGCGUCAGACACGUCACGUGACGUACGGAAUGCGCAAUGAGAGGGGCGCUGAAAUUCAAAUUUGAACAGUUGCUUGCUUUGAGCAGAGACGGAAGAAUAGAAAUUACUAGUGCGUAUUUAUUAAAAGAAAUUGUGUGUAAUUUACACAUAAACUAAUUAUCAUAUAACAUAGUGCUGAGACAGUAAAACAAGCAACAUGGAUCCGUUCACAGAGAAACUUCUAGAAAGAACUCGAGCCCGCAGAGAAAAUCUCCAGAAGAAAAUGGCAGAUAGACCCACAGCAGCUGCAAGACCAGUUGCAAAAAGAACCAGAGAACCUCUUGCAGAAACAAACAAACAACCACUGCAGCCUGCAGAGGAAGUCCAACCUUCCACCAAACCUUCUCCAUCAAAAAAAAGAUGUUCAGACAACAAAGAAGUUCCUGCCUUUGGUGUAGAGAACAGACUACCCCUAUCCCCUGAUCCUCUGCCUGAACCAUCUGAAACGGCUCGUAAGCCACCAGAAGCUCCUGUAAGCAGUGUUUCAACCAUUGACAAGGGAGAUAACGGUGUAAAAUGUACAAGUCCUGCAAGUACUUCAGUGAAAUCCCGCUUGCAGAAACUGGCAGAACAGCGACGAUACUUGGAUAAUGAUGAUCCUACUUUGGAAAGCGCACACCUUUCACCUGUGCGGUCUCAAAAGAAAGUACCCUCGCCUCCUAGGCAGACAGCUAUUGCUGCAUCAUCUGAGACUCCAGUGGGAAGAAAAGGCAGAUUAGCAAACCUUGCUGCUGCAAUUGGCUCGUGGGAAGAUGACCUAAGUCACCCAUCUGUAAAGAGAAACAAUGCACAAGAACAGCCUGGCACCGCUUGUUUAUCAAAACAAUCCACUACAAAUGGAGCAUCUGCUUGUGCUAGCAGCAGCAAUGUGAAGCCACACACUACAUCCUAUUUUCAAAAGACUACUGAAGCAUCAGUGAAUAAGCCAAUCAUUUCUGCUCAACAGGGUUCCGUGCUCUCGCCAGUUAAGUCAACCCGAGAUUUUCCACCAAGUCCUCAGAAAACCGAAAUACCAAAACUACAGUCACAGUCGGGUAGACGGAUUCCAUCCAGUCCCCAGAAAACCGAGAUAUCCAAACCACUGGCUACACUACAGUCAGAGCAAAGUAUUGCACACAGCCCUCAGAAAAAUGAGGCACCCAAAGCACAAUCUCCAUUUCAGUCAGGAAGAGUAUUAUCUCCCAGUCCUAAGAAAACAACUGAGGUACAGGCACUGCAGGCAACCAAAGUAGCUUCAACACGCCUCCAGACAAGAGAACAGUUAACCAAAGAAACCCAUGUUCAGCAACAGGAGAAGGAUACAUCAUCUACACCAGGUGGAACAGGCAUUAAAUCUUUCCUUGAACGUUUUGGAGAGCGCUGCCAGGAGCGCACAACCCAGAGUCCUCCUUCAAGUACCUUGGGACAAAGAACAACCACUGUCACACCAAAUACAAAGAGAGUCCAAGAAAGGUUAUUGAAAGCAAAGCAAUUAACAACUACUACAGCUGAUCUAACUCAAAAGAAGAGACAGGAGCGUGAAAGCGAACUUGCAUCAAUUCGUAAUCGUUUCCAGAAGGGGAACAUGUGGGCUUGCGACAAGAAAGAUGAAAGCUCAGACACAAAGCCGCUGCAAACUAAAAAGGAUGCUUCUGAAACACAAGAGGUUCCAUAUUCUGAGCCCCAGCAGAUAAAAUCUCUUUCUGCAAAAGGCAAUGAAUCUGAGGGUUCAUAUUUAAAAUCUUCAGAAUCAAGUUCUUCAGAUUCUUAUUCAUUAGGUAUUGCAAGCAUCCUUAAAGGAACAAAACUGGCAGCCAGUCCUAUAAAAUCCACCAGCCCUUUGAUAAAAGUGACUUUCUCAGAAGAAAUUAAAUCUACAGAACUUCUAUCAAGAACAGAUGGAAAGCAAGAUAAAGAUGAAGUGGUGCGUGAAAUUGAGUUGAAUGUGGAUGAAGAAGAGAUCAACAGUUCAAGGGUCAUUGAUGAUCUGUUUGAUGGUGUUCUGGAGGAGGAGCAAGAACAAAGUAAGAAGAGCCCAAAAAGAGAAACACAGUUGUUUGAAGAAGAAGAGGAGGAGGAGGAGGAGGAUGAUAAUGACAAACUAAAUAUUUCCUCAAUGUCGCUUCUCACACCCUUAGCUGAGACUGUAAAUGCAGUAGUGACAAGUCCAGAGAUUUCGACUCCAACCAGUACAGCUCUUGAGUUUAGUGAACUGCCUGAUACAAAUAGGCCCAUCCGAUUCCAGAGGGCUCGAGUGCCCCAUGCAGAGUCUGCUGACAAUAUUGAACUGGCUGGAGAUGAGCAUAACCUUUUGUACAGUAUUGAUGCUUAUAGAUCACUAAGAUUUAAGGAAACUGAACGUCCACAAGUUAAACAAGUGAUUGUUCGCAAAGAGAAUGUUUACCAAAAACUAGAAGAGAACAGGAAUACUGGCCAAGUGACUAUAAAACAAAAAAUGAAGAUUCUGAAUGAUGAGAUAAAUAUGCAACAGACUGUGAUUCAUCAGGCCAGCCAGGCUUUAAACUGUUGCACAGAUGUGGAGCAUGGGAAGGGGUCCCAAGUGGAGGCUGAAGCUGAGAGAUUGCUUCUUGUUGCCACUGAGAGAAGAGUGGCUUUGCUUGCAGAGAUGAAUAAACUUAAGAAUGCGGGACCUUCUGGCCAACAGGCCUCAAGCACAGUUAAAGCACAAGACAGCUCUGCUUCCAAAGGAUCAGUAGCACUGUCAGAGAUACGCCUGCCUCUGAAAGCCGAUUUCAUUUGCUCUGCUGCCAAUAAGCCAGAUGCAGCAAACUAUUAUUUCUUCAUAAUGAUCAGAGCUGGAGCCGAAAAUACAGUUGCAACACCAUUAUCCAGUACCCAGAAUGCAUUGUGUGGAGAUGCCCUGUCAUUCCCGACCAAGUUUACAUUACCAGAUGUGUCAAGUGACUUUGAAAUCGAUAUGGAAGUUUACAGUUUGGUGCAAAGGCAGGACAUACCUGCCGACAAGAGGAAAAAAGGCAACAAAUCAAAGGCAAUUACACCAAAGCGACUACUUACUUCAAUCACUAAGAGUAACCUUCAAACACCAGUUCUGGCCAGUCCUGGAGGCCCCAAUGCAGUUCGUACCAGUCAUUUUGUAUUGGUUGGAUCACACAAACUAACUCUGUCCUCUGUUGGGAAAAAUACAUUUCCACUGGAUAAGAUGAGAUAUGAAGGAAAGGACAAGCAGAUUCUGGGCGAUAUGUUUCAGGACAAGGUUCCAUUUAUGUCUCCUCUGGAAGGCCAUAUUUAUCUGAAACUUCAAUGUCAGGUUGGAUCGUCGGUUGAAGAACGAGGAUUUUUGACAAUGUUUGAAGAUGUAAGUGGAUUUGGAGCUUGGCAUAGACGAUGGUGUGUACUCUCAGAAUAUUGCAUCUCGUACUGGACCUACCCAGAUGAUGAAAAGCGCAAGAACCCAAUUGGUCGGAUAAACCUUUCUAAUUGUACAAGCAGGAAGAUUGAUCCAGCAAAUAGGGAAUUCUGUGCUCGCCCCAAUACAUUUGAAUUAAUCACAGUCAGACCUCAGCGUGAAGAUGACAGUGAAACACUGGUUAGCCAGUGUAAGAACACAAUGUGGGUUACCAAAAACUGGCUGUCUGCAGACACCAAGGAAGAACGUAACCUAUGGAUGCAGAAACUGAAUCAAGUUUUAAUUGACCUGCGCAUGUGGCAGCCUGGUGCCUGUUAUAGGCCUGUUUAAGGAAUAAGGAGAUGUUUUUUAUACUGUAAAUACCAUUGAAACAAAAUGUUGUGUUCUGUAACUUUGAACAUCACAAAUGCUCAAUCUCCUCAUGAGUCAUUUCAUUUCCAAAUUGCACCUUAAAACUAAUCACAGUGAAACCUUACAAACAAGUAAUCUGAUAUUAAAGAGUAAUUAGUAUUCCAGGUUGUUCCUCUAGAUUUUUCCUUAGGGGUGUUGCUGAUUUCAUGAAGGGAUCAGUGUCUUGAACUUUAGUUUAGUUUGUCUUAUUACUUUGUUGAAGCAAUCUAUUGACUCAUAUUGAUUGAAUUCAGGUGUUACGUACAUCACAUGAGCUGCAGUACUGCUCAGACGUGAUUUGCUACCUAAAACUGACUGUGGCGACGAUGAGCGUACCAGGAAAAUAAUACAUACAUUUUUUUUACUGUCUUAAUACAUUAUUUUAUUAUUUGUACAUUGUCUAAUUGUAUAAUACAUUGAUACAAGUGAUGCAAUAACAAUGUGCUGAGCCUUUGUCACAGUUAAAAAAAACUGUGUAAUAAUGGUAUGUCCCUUGGCUGCACAAAUCCAAUUGAUUUUUGGUAAAACUGAACUGGAUGUCAAAAACAGCUGAAAUAGUUGAUAAAAAAAAAAAAAAAAAAAAAAACUUAACUGAUCAUAUCUGACUUGCAUCCAUAGUUUGACUGUUAGAAAAUGAUAUUGCACAUGUCAUAUAAAUCUUAGAAAACCCUGCAUAGUUUAAAAUGUUCACUGAAAGUUGCCGAAUUUAAGAGCAUGCUUUUCCAUUGUAAAGUCUGAGCUCUUGCUCUCAGCCAUACUUAUUGUGGUGCUGUAAAGUAAUAGGCCUAUUCGGCACACUGAAGCAUACCAAAAUGUGUGUGUAUGGUCUGCAGAUCAACCUUAAAUAUUUCUUGGUAAAUAUGGAUUAAGUACUUCAAAAUGUUUGUAAGAUUGUUUUGAGGUCCUCUUUUAAAAACGUAAUGGACAUCCUUUUUGCUAUGCCAUAUUGUGUUGUUUGUUGGGGGUGGGCAGUGGCAUGACAGACAUAACAUACACACACACACACUGAUGUCUGAAUUUGCUAGAAAAAUACUAAGCUGAAAUUAAGUUUAAAUGUUACAAAACUUUUCAAUGCUGCUAGAUAUUUAAUAUAUGAUGCUUGCUGUCAGGGAAGCAGUUUUAAAUAAGUACAUACUUAACGAAAUAGUGUUCUUGCCGUAAAUAAACUGCUCUAGCUAAACUGCAUGUUUUCACUGUAUUUUAACACUAGCAAACUUAUUUAAACGUAUUAACUCCUUUACAUUUUAUGUCCAUAUACAUUCUUAAGUUUAUAUUUUAACGACAUAUUGCAAUGUUUGCGCUUUAAAAAAAAUUAAAAUAAAAACAACCUGAACAGUUCAUUUACACAAAGGAAAGUUUUAUGAAAUAAAACAAUGCUGUUCUGAUAACAGCUGUGUUAAGAACAUUUUUAUUUACUGCAAUGCCAACUACAAUAAGUUCUUUAGUGCAUUUAUUAUUCCAUCAAGGAUAAAGUUUGUAUUGUCAUAAUCUGAAGUUUUUUGGAUUGAAUGUUCUGAAAUUAUAAAAUUGUCUUGGGUUUAAUCUUUUUAAAUCUGAGAUUCUACAUCACAAA